UAGAUACAAUCUAAAACCAAAACGACCGCAGACUUCACAGACGGGUUCUGUACUCUCUCUCUCUCUCUCUCUCUCUCUCUCUCUCUUCGUUUCUGAGAUGGCGAAGCGUUUGAUCCCACUGCUGAAUCGGGUUUUGGUGGAGAAAAUCGUCCCUCCGUCCAAGACCCAUGCCGGAAUCUUGCUCCCUGAGAAGGCCACCAAGCUGAACUCUGGAAAAGUUGUUGCUGUGGGUGCUGGGAUUCGUGAUAAAGAGGGAAACACGAUUCCUGUUAGUGUAAAAGAAGGAGACACUGUCCUUUUACCUGAAUUUGGAGGAACUCAAGUGAAGCUUGGUGAUAAAGAGUAUCAUCUGUUUCGAGAUGAAGACAUAUUGGGAACGCUGCAUGACCUGUGACCUUAAAUUCUGCAUGUUGAAAUGGUUCACGAGACAUUGUAGUAGUUCAUGAGACGUCAGAUGAAAGAAACAUUUGCUUUUCUUCUAUUUAUCUGAUAAAUGAAUGAUUUUCUUGAAAAUAAAUCCUCUCUUGUUUUGAUUUAA